UGUGCGGACCGCUAUAGCGGAGUAGCGGGGAUGGUGGCGCCGUGGUGCUGAGGGGAGAGGACGAGUCUUGUGAUCGGUGGAGGAGACCUGCAGGCUGAGGGAACCGGGCGCAUACCGGGAAGAUGUCGGCCAGCGCCGUGUACGUUUUGGACCUGAAAGGGAAGGUUCUUAUUUGCCGUAACUACCGAGGAGAUGUCGAUAUGUCAGAGGUAGAGCACUUCAUGCCAAUCUUAAUGGAGAAAGAGGAAGAAGGGGCACUGUCACCGAUCCUUGCCCACGGAGGAGUCCGUUUCAUGUGGAUUAAGCACAAUAACCUAUAUCUUGUGGCAACAUCCAAGAAGAAUGCAUGUGUGUCUUUGGUCUUCUCUUUUCUUUACAAAGUGGUCCAGGUAUUUUCUGAAUACUUUAAAGAGCUAGAAGAAGAAAGUAUACGUGAUAAUUUUGUCAUCAUAUAUGAAUUGUUAGAUGAAUUAAUGGAUUUUGGCUAUCCUCAAACAACAGACAGCAAAAUCUUGCAAGAGUACAUCACUCAAGAAGGGCACAAAUUAGAAACUGGUGCCCCUCGUCCACCUGCUACAGUCACCAAUGCUGUAUCCUGGAGAUCAGAGGGAAUCAAAUAUAGGAAGAAUGAAGUCUUCUUGGAUGUGAUAGAAUCUGUUAACCUAUUGGUCAGUGCUAACGGCAAUGUAUUGCGAAGCGAGAUAGUUGGAUCCAUCAAAAUGAGAGUGUUUCUCUCAGGAAUGCCUGAACUCAGACUUGGAUUAAAUGAUAAAGUUCUUUUUGAAAACACAGGACGUGGGAAAAGCAAGUCAGUGGAGCUGGAAGAUGUCAAGUUCCACCAAUGUGUACGCCUUUCUAGAUUUGAGAAUGACAGGACUAUAUCGUUCAUUCCCCCUGAUGGAGAGUUUGAGCUCAUGUCUUAUCGUUUGAACACACAUGUAAGUGUUGAGGUAAAGCCUCUCAUCUGGAUUGAAUCUGUAAUAGAAAAACAUUCCCACAGUCGCAUAGAGUAUAUGAUCAAGGCUAAAAGUCAGUUCAAACGCAGAUCCACAGCCAACAAUGUCGAGAUUCACAUUCCUGUGCCAAAUGAUGCAGACUCCCCAAAGUUUAAAACCACUGUGGGAAGUGUAAAAUGGGUUCCUGAGAACAGUGAAAUAGUGUGGUCUAUAAAGUCAUUCCCGGGUGGAAAAGAAUAUCUUAUGAGGGCUCAUUUUGGGCUUCCAAGUGUAGAGGCAGAGGAUAAAGAAGGCAAGCCUCCAAUCAGUGUGAAAUUUGAGAUUCCCUACUUUACUACCUCUGGGAUCCAGGUUCGUUACUUGAAAAUAAUUGAAAAGAGUGGCUAUCAAGCUUUGCCAUGGGUGCGCUACAUAACCCAAAAUGGAGACUAUCAACUUCGAACCCAGUAAGAAGAAUCCAUCUGUCUUUGGUUACAGCUUUGCUAUAAUUAGUUGAUACACCUGGUUAUUGUACUUUGCAGUGAAACUGAGGAAUUGUGCUGAAGACAAGGCAGUACAUGGAAAAUAUUGUGGUAUACACAAAUCUUGAUGAAGAUUAGGUGCAUAAAUAAAAAAAAAUGUGACAGUGGCACUGCUGUAAAACGCAUGUUUCUAAUUUUGAAGAGCUUUUUUGGAAAUGUGUUUCUGUCUAUGGUCAAUUAUACAAUUUUUUUAAUGUGCAAGAGGGUUUACCCUAUAUUCUAGCAAACUGUUUAUUAUCCAUUCUUUCUACAUACCUUAACUUCCUUAGCUCCUGGGAGCAAAUCUGAGCUCUCUGGAGCAAUUAGCCUGAAUGAAGCAAUGAACGAGGACCAAUAUUCUUUGAAGCCUACAUAAGUAAUGGCCUCAACAAAGUAAACCCUCAGUCUAUUUUAUUUUUUGUACGUAUGGUGGCUUUUGGCUUUUUUUCCCUUUGCAAAUAUGCUUUAUGUUUAACCAGGUCAGUGUUAAUAUAUUUUAGGCAAUCUCAAAUUAAAAGUUUUGUUUAAUAGUCUAUUGGUAGCUUAAGACAAAAUAAAGUGCCAGACACGCUAUUGUGGUGUUGAUGGCAAAGAUUCUUA